AUGGGAGGCGCAUCGCCGUGUGCAUCUUGCAAGCUGCUGAGGCGGCGGUGCGCGAAAGACUGCAUCUUCGCCCCUUACUUCCCCUCCGACGACCCCCACAAGUUCGCCAUCGUCCACAAGAUCUUCGGCGCCAGCAACGUCAGCAAAAUGCUCCAGGUCCCACCUUCAUUUUCAUUCCCCUCCAAAAAUACCCUCUCUCUCUUUCUCUACACGGGAAACGACAUCGUCUAUCUAUUUACUAAAUAUAAAUGGAAAAAAAAAAAAACGGACAUGCAGGAGAUAGCGGUGCAACACAGGGCGGACGCGGUGAGCAGCCUGGUGUACGAGGCCAACGCCAGGGUGCGGGACCCGGUCUACGGCUGCGUCGGGGCCAUCUCCUUCCUUCAGAACCAAGUCUCCCAGCUCCAGAUGCAGCUCGCCCUCGCGCAGACCGACAUCCUCUGCAUCCAGAUGCACCACGACCCUGCUGCCGUUGCCACCACCGCCAACUUGCAGCUAGACCACCAGCAGCAGCAGCUUGCUCUUGUAAAUCACAAUCACCAUGAUUUGGCGGACAGCAAGUCGCUUCUCCUGGCGAGCACCAACUUCGGGGCCACGCUUCAGAAUCAUCCGUACCUCAACUUUGCCACUUCUGGUGUGAACAAUGUGAUGAUCCAGCAGGAUCCUCUUAAACGAGAAUCCCUUUGGACUUGA